UUUCUUUGUUCCUGUUGUGUACACGAUCCGCGCGAGUCUGGCGCUGCUAAAGCGCGCGAGUUUUCAAAGUGGGCGAGUCAACGGUACGAGGAUGUUCAACAGGCUAGUUAGCUAGCUAACCAGAGUUAGCAUCGCAACUUACAGAGUUUACUGCCUGGGAAAACGCUCGUAAAGUGGCGUUAAACUCCGUACUGGCUGCGUUUACGAGAAACAACCCGGAUGUAAAGGUUUUUCACGCACUUGUUUAUUUAAAAAGGAAACAAACAGUUCAGUUUCGUCGCAGCUUUUUCAUGUAAACAGUAGCAUGGGUAGCAUCCAGCGGUCAAAGGCAGCGUUGCUUGGAUGAGCUACUAAAAGAAACUGCCAAUUCUUUUCCGGUGUUCCAGUCGCAGGCAGUGCAACAUGUCGAUUGAUUUUGACAGCGCUGCUCUUCAGACUCAGCAUGAUGAAGACGAAUACGACCAAGAAGACUACGCGAGAGAGCAAGAGUUGCACAAGCUGCUCACAGACCUACCGGAUGACAUGCUGGAGGACAGCCGAGACUCCUCCUCCCCGGAGCCGGAGUGCUCGGCCUACAGCCAUAAAAGCACCGGCGACAGCCCGCAGUCCAAGUGGAACCAGGACUGGGCCGACCAUGCACGGCCGACCUCUCACACACAGGCCCAUGAAGUCGACUACGACCACGGCUCGCAUGAUGAGUACGCCUACCAGGACCGUCCUGCGCACGCUAACGGACAUCUGAGUCGCCCUCGUAACCCGUUACCGGCUCACGCCUGGAACCAGGACCUUCACUUUGCUCAGGACAGUCCUGCACACGCCAACAUGGACUCAGACGUAUAUGCAGAGACUGGGGAUUUUUCUGCCGAGUUCGAGCCCAGGUUGCGCCCUGAAAGCACCAAAAACCAUGUGGAUUAUAACGGAGACGGAGGCUACAGGAGCCAGCAGUGCCAUGGCGACCACGGCGCCAGAAACCAUUUCCAAGCGUUAAACUCUGGAGCAGCCGAUCACGGCGUUAAUCAGUACACGGUUAAUUACAACCCCCAGCAUCCCGCCCAUCACCCACACGCCGCACAGCACAACGAUCAGUUCGAGCAGCUACAGAGGGAAUUUUUUGAUUCGACGCAACAAACUGCUGAUAGGGAGCAAGUGGCCCAGCUGCAGGUUUUAAACAAAGCUCAGCAGCGGCAAAUAGAAGACCUGGAGCGGAAACUGGAGGAUUCACGCCGUAAUAUGAGAUACAUCGAGCACCAGUUCGCAAUCGUCAAAGAUGAAAAAGACGGCCUUGCGGUGAGUUUCAAGGAGUCAAGUCGGUUGAUUGAAGAAGCAAAAAAAGGAGAGGCUCUAAUGCAAAACAAACUAAAGGCUCUGGAGCAGCAGAUCCACGUCCUCAAAGAGAAAGACCAGGAGAACGAGAAGAAGCUGAAGGUAGCCGACGCGGCAGUGGACAGCAUGAAGCAGCAGAUGCUGGAGCUCUGCCGCUCCGACACGCUGUCCAGGACGCGGCAGCAGCACGACAGAGACCUCGCCGUCAUGAAGGAGCAGCACGAGGCGGCGCUGCUGGCCUUACAGCAGAGGCUCGACUCCACCUCUCAGGCUCUGAACGACCAGACUGAAGUUAGUCAGAAGCUCCAGCAGCAAGUCAGGCAGCUGGAACGUCAGCGAGAGGAGGAGCAACUGGAGAGAGCCAGAGUCGUCAACUCGCUCAGCAUGCGCCUGGAGGAGAGUCAGCAGCAAUGUGCCAAGCUGCUGCAGACCAAUUCGGUGCAAGAGGCGAGUCAGAUGCAGAUCAAACUACAGCAAGCCCAGUCGGCCAAGGCGCUGAGUGAAAACAUGAACAAAGUUUUACAGGAAGACAUGGCUGAACUGAAAGAGCAGAUUACGCUGUACGAGUCUGCGCUGAAACACGGCGUCGUGUCAGUCGACCUUGGUAACGACUGGGAGAACCAUUUGUCUGAAUCCUGCUUGGAUCUGGGACUGAAGAAACCCGAAAGGAGAAACGGCACACUUCACAGCACCGCUCUGCAUCACCUGUCAGACUCCAAGCUGCCCAAGGACGAAGCUUUAAGGCUGCUGCGAGUGGAAAUGCAGCGCUGCCUGGGAUGUUUAAAGGGAAAGAGACAGAAGAUCAAUCAGCUGCAGGAAGAGCUCCAACACUCUCAGGCUCGAGUCAGCGAGCUGCAGGCCCAGCUGGAAGAGGAAAAGCUCAAGUCUUCAGCCAGAGAGGCCAACUCAAUGAAACAUCUGGAGACGAACGAAGACGUUCUGAAAGAGUUCAUGAGAAUAAAGGAAGAAAAAAAACACCUGCUGGAACGAGUGGAGCUGCUUGAAAAGAAGCAAAAGGAGUUGAAACAGAAUGAGGAAAAGCUGAAGUCUGCCAACACUGAGCUGUGCACCAAAAUGAGGGAAAUGAUCCAAGAGUUGGACCAAGAAAAGCAAGAAGCUGCCGAGAGGACUGAGCGGAUUAAUCAGCAGUAUAGAGAUGAUGUGGUGGACCGGGUCAGAGCAGAACUCAUUCAGGAACACAAUGCUGAGGUGGAGCAGCUGACAGCGCAGCACCAGCAGCAGAUUCAGCAUUUACAAGACCAGCUGUCAGAAGUCAGUGAUAAGAUGCUGGCUGUCCAGGAAUGUUACAUCGCCGUGUGCAAGGAGAAGUGCUUCCUGGAGGAAACCGUACAGAAGCGAGAGAAAGAGGAGAGCAGUACAGCUGUGGCGAAGCUGAGAGGUGAACUAGAGGGCCGGCAUCGCGCCUCUGUGAUGAAGCUUAAAGAAGACUGGUCCAAGGAGAAGGAGGCUGAAAUCCAGCAGGAAGUGAGCUCUCGUGUCGCUUCCGCUGAAGCCAAAUGGAAGAAGGAACUCCAGGAGAAGCUGGAGGAGGCUAAGAAGGAGAGAAACCCGGACACUGCUGAGGUGAUCUGCCAAACAGAUGAGCCAGAGGCCGGCGGCCGGACGAUUAAUGCCGAGGAGCUGGACUCCAGGCUCGCUGCCCAGAAACAGCAGCUGCAGCUGGAAGCUGACAAAGUGCAACGCAGAGCUGUGGAGGACGCCAGGAAGCAAAUCCAGAGAGAGCUGGAGGAGAAACACCUGAACGAUAUGGCCAAGCAGGUUGAAGGGGCUGUUACCCGAGCCUACAGCCGCUGGAUCGAGGAUCUGUCUUCAUUACCAGAAUGCCAAGCGUUCCUCCAAAGAGAAAAGGAGGAAUGGGAAAAGCUGCAAGAAGAAGUGACAAAGCAAAAAGUGUCCCAGGCCCAGCGGGAAGCAGAGGAGGAGCGGCAGAAGGUGGUGGAGCUCCAGGAGGAGCUGGCAGCUCUCAGGAGCCGGCUGGAGCGAGCCUCCAGAGAGCAAGCGGCCCUGCUGAAAGCCGAGCUGGCCGCGGCCCGCGCAGCGUGGCACAGAGACAAGCAACAGGAGAUCUCCAUCGUCCAGGCCAAGCUGCAAGAGCAGCGCAAAAACCUGGAGCAGGCCGUGCAGAAAGCCAGGGACGACGCCAACCUCCAGAGGAAGGAGCUGCUCCUGCAGACGGAGGCCAAGCUCCAGGAGACGGUGAGGACCCGGGAAGACGAGUGGAGACGGCAGCAUGAGGAGAAGGAGCAGCAGAUGAGGGAAACCUUCUUAGCCGAGCUUCAGAGCGCCGUGGCCACGGUCUCUACGCAGCUUCUGAGGCUUUGUGAAGCAGAGCGUCAGGAGCCUGACGACGGCGGAGGAACCAGCAGGUCCCCGUCAGAAGCUACAAUCACCAACAUGCUGGAAACCCAAUGCAGAGAGAUGGUGAACAGAGCCGUAUCGGAGGCCAAGAAGGAGUGGAAGAGAGUUAGUGAGGAGAAGCUGAGCCGCAUCCUGAAAGAAACAGAAGAGAGACGAAUGAGAGAAAUCAACAAAAUGCAAGACUCUCUGUCUCAGAGGACGGAUCAGUCUCGUUGCAAGAAGGAAUGCGCCGACAGCUUCGGUAAGCUCCAGAAGAAGAAUCAGGAACUCCAGAGACAUUUAGAGAAAGCCUGCCGUCAACUUCAGCACCGCAUCCGUGAGCACAAAACGGCCAUGCAGCACCUUAAAGAUGAGCAUGAAAGCAGCCUACAGAAGCUAAAGGAGGAACAUCUGCAGCAGCUGGAGGAAGUGAAGAGAUCCACAGAAUCCUCAGGAAGUUCUGAUCACCAACAAAAUCUUCAGCAAGGCCUUGAGGAAAUAAAGCAGCAAUACCUGACCACUGUGGAAAAGAUCAGAGGAGACAUGCUGCGUUACCUACAGGAGAGCCGGGCGCGUGCUGCAGAGAUGAUCCGCAUGGAGGUGCAGAGAGAGAGGCAGGACACGUCCAGGAAGAUGCGGCGCUAUUAUCUGACCUGUCUGCAGGAGUUACUGGAGGACGGGGGCAAAGCUACAGGUGCCGAGAAGAAAAUAAUGAGUGCUGCGAGUAAGCUGGCAGCCAUGGCCAAAGUGCUGGAGACUCCUGUGAAAAGUAAAUCUGGAAACAAUUCCUCGCCACCGAGCGGCUCGACAGGUGGAUCUUCUGGUGGUGUGCCAGCAGGUUUCGGUAACGACCCGGCAGCGCUCGGCGGACUUCCUGAUUUCAGGCCAGAGCCGCGGCCCCAGAGGGACACGGCGUGUGCCGAUCCAGGGCCCAACCCAACCGCAGCAGUCAGGACCAAAGUCCUGAGCCACCAGGAGACCUCCGGACCUCAGGGGGGCUCAGGACUAAAGCCUCAAGCCUUUAAUUCUUCUCAGCAGACCUCGUCUCCAUCCCACGUGGAUUUAGACAGUUUGCAUGUGAGGGGUAAAGGCGCCGAGUGGUUUCUGCAAGGAGGGGACUCCGGCAGCGCCGAGUCAGCGCGGCAGAGUCGACCGUUCCUCAUCCAGGAGGCUCCGGUCAGGGAUGAGAAACAGAGCGGCUCGGACGCUGGGCCACACGUACCCAGACCGUCGUCCUCAGGGAGGAAGGAUGGACCGGGGAGGCCCCACACUGAGACAGGAGGGUUUGGGGGUCUCACUCCGGACGCUUCAGACCUAACGGUGUACAGGGACAUCCCCAGGCAGACGCCUCCGACUGAGAGCGGCUCACAGGCGAGGAAGAGUCUAGUGAGAGAGCCGACGCCCGGCUCUGAGCGGGAGCGCGGCGUCUGCUCCCGCCUCCUGUUCUCGGAGCUGAGGCGGCGGCAGCAGGACAGCGGCUUUGACAGUCCCGUCUACCAGCAGAAGUGACGGAGGGUGUGAGGUGAAGCGGGAGCCUCAGAGGUCACCGCCCGCGUAGCCGAAUAAAGUGCCUUUUACUAGAGUGUGUGAUGUUUACAUGUCCUAAAAACAUUCAGAGCGUUUCUCAUUAGCAGGAUCUGCUCCGUGCUUCUGCAGGCUGCUGAUGGAGAAAAGUUAUUUAGACAUGAAUGAAAUACAUCCCUGCUUUCUGCUGGUGACUGAUGUACAGGGUUGGUCAAAAG